CUCUUUCUUAAGCAUAGUACGACUCUUUGUGAGUUAUUGUUUACAACUCCAGCCGUAUGGCUCACUUGCGGCCCCUAGUGGCUCGAAGUCAGUACUGCUGGCUAACAUGUAAACACGGAAGCAGAGUGACAAUAACAAAGGUAAGCCGGGGGACAGACAGUGCACAGGGAUACGGGCAACCAUGUGAUAUGUUAUCAUAACUAACUUAUCUUGUUCUCUCCUUAUAGCUGGGUCCUUCCAGUGGCAGCCAUGGCACAACAUCGAGGGGUGAAUGGGCUGAGGUUCAACCAGGACCAGAGUGAGUGCCAGGGACUGGACCCUAAAUAUAUACAUUUAAUACCAACCCCCACACACUGUGUCACUUAGCACAGGGGGGGGGUUAUAAAUACAGAUUUUUAAAUAGGUCAGAUUGUCCUCUGAGUUACAGCUGUUAUGAUUAGCAAGUCACAGGUUGUUUGAGGGUAAUGGGAGUUAUGGUUCACAGCUUGUGGGCCCCCAUACAAUAGAACCCCUAUCACCAUGUUCCAGCAUCACUAAACGAGUUAAGUGACCAUUUUACAGGAAGGCAGUAUUUGGCAUUAUUAGUUACACCUCUGAGCUACAAGUCCCAUCUUGUUUAUUGGAGAUAAUUGUUCAAUCUAUGAAUCUAAAAAUGUAUAUAUUGUGUGUUACUGAGUGGGCAUGGGGAGCUGAAAUGACAGAUCACAUUUCCUUGUUGGAUUGAAAAAAAGCUCUGUCAGUGUAUACAGUUCACAUUGGAUCACAUUUACCCUUUGCCAAUUAAAUAACACUAUACAGGUUACUCCCUCCCUCCCCAGGUGAAAGUAGCUAAGCUGGAAAUACAGAGAUGUGGCAACAUAUAUUUCUAAAAUGAAGGCCAAGAUAGCUCAGUUGGGAUAAUAGGCCAUCACUAGCUUGCAUUGUGGGGGGAGGGGACUCGCAGGUCCUCUCUUGUGAACCCUAUCUAAUUAUUUUUACUGGCUUACCGUUCGCUGUUGGGGGUUAAUGGAUUAAUAUUUUAUUAAUUUGUGGUUGUAGGUUGUUUCUGUUGUGCUAUGGAGACUGGAGUGCGCAUCUUUAACAUUGAGCCUCUAAUGGAAAAGGGACAUCUUGGUGAGAAUCACAAGGGAAGAGUGGAUGCUUGCAUCAUUUUCUGCCCUGGCCUUUUGUUCCAUUCACCUGGAACUAGGGGGGGGCAAAGGUGGUGUUCGUCACACUAGGCCACAGUUCUAACCUUGCCUUUGUCCCUUAGAUCUGGAGCAGGUGGGCAGUGUUGGACAAGUGGAGAUGCUGCACAGGUGUAAUCUGCUGGCACUGGUGGGUGGUGGCAGCAAUCCCAAAUUCUCAGACAUUUCAGGUAUAAAACCUGCACUUUAAGUGCUUUUCCCAUAAAUCUCUUGGCUUUAUUUAUGUUUUCUUUAGCAUGCUUCCUGUUGAUAAAGAUUGUGUGAUUCUUAUGGCUGUAUCUCUGUUCUCCAGUGCUGAUUUGGGAUGACUCUCGUGAUGGAAAAGAUAAGCUGGUCUUGGAGUUCACAUUCACUAAACCUGUGCUUAGUGUCCGUUUGAGGUCUGACAAGUGAGUGGUUAGGAUUACUGGAUUCACAAAUUAUAUUGUUUUUAUUUCAUCAUCCAAUAAAUGAACAGUCUUCGGGAGAAAUAAAACCUUUUUGAAGUUCUUACAUGUGGUGCAAAUUGUCGUAGCUUGUAGUUUCCUGCAGUGAGCUCUGCUUACACUAGGAUGUAGCUGGUAUCUCUUAGCCAAACCUGGCCUUCCCAUUGUAUUAAAUAAAAUUGUUAUAUCCCAUAAUCCCCACUUCAGUGCUAAGAUGACUAAUGCUUUAUAUUUAUUUUCACUCCAUACAUUCUACUGCCCUUUUUCUUUUUUUAUUUGAAUGUUAUUUAUUUGGUACAGGAUAAUCUUAGCACAAUAUCUCUCUGACAUCUGAUUCCCCACUUGCUGUUGAAUAGCAUCUACUUACAUUUGGGAUUUAUUCACUAAACAGAAUUGUGGUUAUUCACCUCUAACGUUAGGUGAAAGUAGCUAAGCUGUAAAUACAGAGAUGUGGCAACAUAUAUUUCUAAAAUGAAGGCCAAGAUAGCUCAGUUGGGAUAAUAUUAGAACUCCUAAAUCUUGAAUUUAAUCGUGCAAAUUUCUGUUCUUGGUUCGCUGUUUAGUGGUUGUGCCUCUUUGAUUCCCCGUUAGAACUAACCGUGUGCUUUUACGCAGGAUUGUCAUUGUGGUGAAGAAUCGGAUAUACGUUUACUCUUUCCCUGACAACCCAACAAAACUCUUUGAAUUUGACACACGAGACAACCCCAAAGGUAAACACUUUUCACUCUUCGUGAAAACAUCCACAAAGUGUUUGCAUUCUUUGUAGAGUGCCUAUUACCUUUUUGUUAUUGUUACUUUUUGGUUGACUUGUCUUCUGGUACCUCUUUAAAGUAUCAGUCUCUAUUGGUGUUCUUUUGGAAUUCUGUUUAAGUGUUCUAGACAUUACUUGUUAUUAGACUUUUGGUUUGGUAUAAAAUGGUUUUGGAGAUACCAUUUAUUCAUAUUUUUGUGAGGGAUACAUUACAGACUGUCCUUAUUGCGUCUCUGUAUGCUGUAAUCCAUUCACUUAUCACCUGUAAGUUCUGGUACAUCCUGAGAGGAAAUUAUCUUAGACAUUCCUUCUGUAUGGCAAUUGUUACCUCGGGUACAUGUCUUUGUGUAUGUAUGUGUGUGUACAUAUAAUUUUUCAUUUCUUUCCCUCCUUAGGUCUGUGUGACCUUUGCCCCAGUAUGGAGAAACAGCUACUGGUUUUCCCAGGACACAAAUGUGGCAGCCUGCAGCUUGUGGUAAGUUUAAGAAACCGUAGACAUUUGGAGUUGGUUUUGAAAUCUGGUUCUGAUGGCUUGCGCUGUGUGUUUAGGACCUGUGCAAUGCAAAACCAAGCAGCUCAUCCGCACCAUUCACUAUCAACGCUCAUCAGAGCGAGCUUGGAUGCCUGGCGGUAAAUCAGCAGGGAACACUGGUAGCAUCUGCCUCACGGAAAGGAACACUUAUUCGACUUUUUGACACUCAGACACGAGAGCAACUUGUGGAAUUACGUCGUGGUACGGACCCUGCUACUCUCUACUGGUGAGGCCAGAAUCCAAAUCCUUGCUGUAUUGUAAGUUAGAAUACAUGUUGUGGGGCUGUCAGUACUUCACUACAUUAGCUGGAGUAAAGAUUAGAGGUGGUUCUUAAAAUGCCAGGUUUUACAUAUGGCCUAUAUCAGUUUUUCAUAAAACAGACAAUGCAAAAUUAUGAACCAUUCUGGCAUUACAUUUUUACAUAUGUUCCAGUAAUCAAUGAAAUCUUGUUACUAGUCUAUCAUAACCAGUACAGCAGAAUGUAGUGGUUAUGGUUCUAGAAAACCCUUUGUGCCAUCUCAUUGUAAAGAGUCAAACAAACUUUCAGUUGUUUUGACACUUACCUGGGUAUAUGCUGUCCAGCACCUAGACAUUUUCCUUAACAGGUAUUUCAUGUGUUCACAUUAGCAAUAUCAGCUCUGUCCAUCUUAGGUUGGAUUUUAUAGACUGAGAGUGUCGGCUGACAUUGCUCAACCAAUGAAUCGAAUCUCACCUAAAGCAGAUAAAAUUGUUACUGCUGGAGUGGAACUACCACUUUAGCAAUAUCUGUGAAGAACGGCACCCGAAAUGCCUGGGUAAGUGUCAAACUGUUCUAAAACUGUUUAAAUCUUAAAGGGACACUGUAACUGCUUCAUCUAAUUACAGUGUCUGGAGUCCCCUGGUGCUGUCCUUCCAUGUAGUAUCAAACUGUUUUUUCUAAUAUUUUAAUGCCAAACAAAAGUACUCGGCAGAACCACUGACACAGAAUGCGGUCAGUAUAAUUAACCUUAAUUUUUUUUUUUCAGUAUUAAUUUCAGUCAUGACAACUGCUUCCUGUGCAGCUCCAGUGAUAAAGGAACUGUUCAUAUCUUCGCUCUUAAAGACACCAAACUCAACCGUCGUUCAGCGUAUGUAUUACAGGUUUAGAAAGUAAUGUAGACAAAAUGGCCAUUUAGAUAGCAGAUUUCACUGUAAUUACAAGAGGUUAACCACAACCUAAAAUUAUUAAAAAUAAAUAACUGAUACAUUCUAAAAUGUUGGAUCACUAUAUAAUACUGCAGUUAAUGGGUCACUUCCAACGCUAAAAAGUAAGAUUUAUUUCAAAGUUUAGGGUGCAGAGAGUACCGUGUGUUUCUUUCCAGGAUAGCUUAUUAAAAUAGCAGCAUUUUUCAAAUGUUUUCUUCCUCGUUUGCGGUUUCCCCCCCACUUGUGCUUGUGCACACAUCAAACCCACAAUGUGGACAGACAUCUCACCUUAACCUUGCUGUUUAUAAACUGAUAGAGCUGUGGAAUGACUGCUUUAUGAUGAGUGGAAUUGCAGGUGGUUGGGGAAGAUUAUGCCACUGGACAGGGAUUAUAUCAGACUUAACAGACCAUAAUAAUGAUUGGUGGAGCCUCUUCCUGGUUAGGCAGGAGUUGCCUGCUGCUGACACUUGCUGCGCAAGAAUAGCAGCUUUGGGAUUUUUUAAAGGUAAUUUUUACUUACCCGAACCUGUCCCAGACAGGCAAAUCCUGCCUCCUUCUUCUUGCCGGCCCUCUACUGCUCCUGGUGCUUCAGCAGCCAGGAGCUGAAGUUACUGCUGCACUCUUGCACACGCGCCCAGGAUCCUCCAUAGAUAGUUAACUUCUCUGCAGGACUGGGGGGAAUAACACAGCUUCACGGUGGUAGCUCUGCCCAGUGUCAGGAGUAGGAAAAGUACUGAGCUGAGACAAAUUAGCCCCUACUUCGUUUCAGUAUAACUUUCGCAGAGCAAAUUGAAUUAGCCAGCAUUCACAAACACUGGUUGUGCUAUAUUUAUGGGUGUGUAAGUAUAUAUUACACACACACAAAGAUUUAUAUGUGAGGAUAAGUGUUCAAAUAUAGUUGUGUACUAGUGAUACCGUACCUGUUAACUAUUUAGUGUGAAAACUAAUAAGUACUUUUCUUAUUGUGCUUUUAGCUUGGCACGAGUUGGGAAGGUUGGACCCAUGAUAGGUCAAUAUGUGGACUCACAGUGGAGUUUAGCCAGUUUCACCGUGCCUGCAGAGUCUGCUUGUAUCUGUGCUUUUGGCAAGAACACAUCAAAAAAUGUGAAUUCUGUCAUAGGUGAGGCACAUUUCUGAUACUUUAUUGUUCAAGCCUUUAAGUUGCUCUUGAAUGCAAAAAUCAUGGAAGAUUUUAAUUAAUUAUUUUCUUUAUUCCUCAGCCGUCUGCGUAGAUGGAACUUUUCAUAAGUAUGUCUUCACCCCAGAAGGAAACUGCAAUCGAGAAGCUUUUGAUGUUUAUCUGGAUAUAUGUGACGAUGAUAUCUUCUAAAAUGCUCCAACACAGACUGUGCAUGACAUGAUGGUGCCUCAUCCUAUGUAGAAAGCCAUACGAUAAACAGCUUGAGAGCAUUUUGUAGAUAUUAAUGUUACAAGUUGGACAGUCCUCCCUUGAGAAAAUUGCUGCACUGUGUUUUAUUACUGUAUAUAGACAUAUUGUUAAAUUAGCAUAUACUUUGUGAUCUUCAUCUACUUUUAACGUUGGUAAAUAAGCCUAAGGGACUCUAGGCUGUAGUUUCAGUAUUACACAGAAACUGGUAUUAUUCCUAGAAGUAAAUAUUUGCCUACAGCCCAUAUUUGCGUUAGCCAUUCAGCAUUAGCCUGAGAUGUCUUCUUAAUCAAUUCCACCACAGUCUGAAUAGAAAGGGGAGGAAAUGUGGAUAACAAACAUUGCAGCCAUUUUUCAAAUCAUGUUUGGUUUAUUUAAAGUGGGAUUGUCACUAGGUGGAAAUGACAAAUCACUUUUACCUCAAACAGCUGCUGAGGCUAUUAUUGGAAUACAUAGCAUAGGAGAGGUAAGUAAAAUGCUGAAUUACCAAUAGUGCACUUCCAUUUCAGGAUGAGAUGGUCCCCUGAUGCUUCUGGCCUGUGCAAAGAAAUGCUGUGGGGAUAUGUGUGUGUGUCUGUCUGUGGGGGGUGGAGGUGUUUAAAUGAAUGUAAAUGGCAUGCUCCGGCUGGGCCAGGACAGCCAGUUUUUAUGAAGUAAAGACUACCAUGAUUUAUAAAAAAAAAAAGUAAAACAACUCAACCAAAAGUCUACUUUUUAUUAUCGAACUGUGACAGUUCCACUUUAAACAUCUGCUGGUCAUGAUUAAUUACUAUUGCCAGAGUUACUCAAUAAACUGCGAAUUGCAAAUUAAAACCAACUGACAAAAUUCAGGCUGUCACACCAGAAGACUUGGAUAAUUUUUUUAGCAACUAUUUUAGCCUACAUUUUGCCAUUUUGGUAUUACAUAUUUACAUAUUGGAGUUGAACAUUAUUCAUUUUCAGCUAGGUAAGAAAAAGAAUAUAAUUUGGCCAUAGGUUAAAAAUGUUUCAGGUUUUGAUAACCAUUUUGCUUGGACCAGAACAGUAGAGGGCUUGUUAAAGUUUGAAACAUCCCAAAGCUCUGUCCUAGUAGGUGUCGGAGUAGGGAUGAUAAUAAACUGAGAACCUAUGAGUUCAAGAACACAUUUUAAGGUUUGUCCUGGUAUCAGCAGUGGCCAGGCUGAGAACUCAAUGUGUCUUUUGGAAAGGUUGUCCUGCUUCUCAUGUGAAUAGAUACUGUUUGUACAACAUUAUUAACAAUGCUGAGAAAUCUCUUUAAAAAGUGGAGUGUAAAUAAAAAAAAAUUCUGAAUAUGAAUUAUUGGCUCUGUUAUCUAUGUUUGGCUAAUACAUGUGACUGUAAACCUUCAUCACUCCAGAUGCUGUAGACUACAUCUCCCCUAAUGCUUUGCCUGCAUUAUGGCUGUAUGAGUAGAUCAUUAUGGGAGAUGUAAUCUACAACAUCUUGAGUGCUAAUGUUUGCCUUCCCCUGGUGUAAAUCAAGGUGAUGUGUUUAACGAAGGACAGGUGAAGUCUCUCCACAAAUUUCUACUGACUUGCUACAACAGACAUAAGUCAUGUGUAUCACAACAAACAUUACACUUAAAGGGAAAAUGGUCUUAUUUUAUAUUUAUUGUACAAAGGAGUUUGGGUUGAGGAGCUUAUUGGCCAUGUGGCUCAGCCGUGGGAAUUAGGAGCCUUCACCUACUGAGGCAGGCGUAGAAACAAGUAGCCGAUUAUGCGCUUACGUGGCUGAUAUGCCCAAAAAUAGAGGGAUUUCUGUGGUUAGGCUAAUACUUGGUAAGGUAUUGGAAGCAAGUGGUAGUGCUUGAGAAAGGCGCAAAGCAGGUAGCCGGUAGCUGGCUCAGCGUUACCAUGUGGGGGGAGUAGUUAAGGGUAGUGCUCAUUGACCCAUGAGCACCAAUGAAGGGGUGGGGGUGAGGGAGGAUGUAGUCGGUCUGACUGUCCAUUAAGGACUGGUUUAAAAGCAGCUGCAAAUUAUAGAAGUGAUAUAACUUGAACAAACAAAUAAAAAAACUAAAAUGUAAUUUCAAGUCUAUUGGCACACUUCUCUGCAAGUGGGUCAAAUUGAGCACAAGUCCACUGGUGGUGUUUCAGCCUGUAUCAGCCUCAGAGCGCGGUACAAAGGGGACUAUAUUGGGUAGUGUCCAGGGGUGUUGGUUUUGCGCCUGUCUAGCCCCAGGCUGCGGAGGAAAGGGUCAGAUUCUUCAUCCAAUGAGAGUCGGCAGGUGGUCUCUCCCUGGGUGGCCACGAGUGUGCAUGAUGGGCCCCAUCUGUACUGGAUAUUAGCUUCUCGGAGGGUCCUAGUGACCCGGCUGACUGAGCGUCUCCAUUCCAGUGUGGCCCUGCAGAGAUCAUGCAGAAAGGGGAGUUGUGAUUUUUCGAAUGGGAACAGACAUUUGUUCUUGAGUGCAUCCUUCACUGCAUGUUUAUCUCAGAGGGACAGGAAUCGAAGGAGGACAUUGCGUGGUGUGCCUGCCGGUGCCCUGGGAGACUUGGGCACCCUGUGUGAUCUGCCCACUUGUAUAGUCUUCACCUGCUUGGGAUGCAGAAUCGCCGACAGAAGGUGCCGGAUGACGUGGGGUAGCUCCGUGUCAUUAACCGUUUCGGCGAUACCUCUGAUUUUUAUGUUGGUGAGUCUCCUGGCAUCUUCCAUUGAAUCCAGUUGUUGUAUUUGUUCCGUUGCGCCUGACUGGCGUUGUGCUAUGGAGGAGUUAUUGACAGGGCACUGCUGAAUUUUGGUUUGUAUUGUUAUUUUCCCCGACUUCAGUCCAGAGCACUGCAGACAUGCGACUGCUCUCAGUGAUGGUCAGGCCACGCCCCCACCCAUGGCAAUCUAAUGUCUUUCACAGUCAGACGUUUAGUUUAUCCAACCAAAACAGUGAAGGUAAUCAAAACCUAUUAAGCAUUACUAAAUGCUGACAUUAUCCAUAAGCGCAGAGCAUCUCAAAAUGCAUCCUGGGAAAGUGUAAGACCUUUAAAUUGUGCACUGUUUUAGCAAAUACAUGCUGCUUGUGACCUAACAGGUAAAGAUGGCUGCCCCCAUGGAGCAAAUGUAAGUAAGGAGAUGCACUGAAACAAUUAACUUAGUGUUAGUUACAAAACACUAGACAUGAGGCUCGAAUUAGGCUAGAUUGCAUUUAAACUUUAAGUAUUGUAGUGCUUCAACUUCCUUGAACAAUAGGUGGAGUGUAAAUACUAUUUUAUGGAUAUAUGGACCAGUUUUAUUAUUAAGGCCAUCUAUGAGCGACUGAAAUUUCUGGAUCAGCAGCAAAGUGGGCUUGGAUGGAUCCUUAUUGUGGGGAUUACCAGGAGACUUUGAAGACAAGGCUCACUAAUGAAAAUAUAUAUAUGAAGCAUCUUGAUGUUUGUUUUCUAUGUGGAAUCUGAUUUAUUUUUGCACUUGAAGGCUUACACCUCCAGCAAAAAAUCACUGAAGUGUUUAUGAUGCUUGGAGUAACCUUUUUACACGCUUAGCACCAAAAUAACUUUAGCUUAAGUGGUUUUGGUGUAUGUAUAGAUCAUGUCCCUGCAGUCUUACUGCUCAAGUCCCUGUCAUUUAGAAGUUAAAUCACUUUGUUUAUGCCGACCUAGCCAUACAUUUCCAGGUAUGACUAGGGCAGCACAGUGUGUUUAAUUUUAAAAUUUGUAUCUCUGCGCUAUUAAUUGCCUGCUAUAGACUACAGCAGCCUCCAGUGUAUGAUUAAAGUUCAGUCUGUCUAACACUGACGAGGAGAUGAGAACAAAGAAAUUAAACACAAAUGUAACAUUGAUUGAAAACAGCGGCACUUGUAAUAUAUAAACAAUAUAUAUUUAAACACUGGAAAUAUAACAGGGCACUGAUUUUACCCCAAUGCCGAUUACCAGCAAUGGAGAAAUCCCACUAAAAGUUCUCUGUGAGAAAGCAGAGGAUACUAUUUCAAGUUUCAAUCUCAAGAUGGUGAAUGGAUCCAGGUUAAAGUUUGUCUUUUUCUAAUUGCGAUUUCACUUACGGAUUGGUCUCUUAUUCCUAUUUUCAAGAGUUUAAGAGUCUAUUAAGCAGGAAUGGCCAAAAAGGUUGACAGCAGGUGUAAUUCUAUGAAGUUUUGCCAGCAUAGAAUUAAUAACUUGCAAGGGUAAACAUCGCUGAUAACAUUCAAAGGUUCACUUGAGCAUAAUUAGAAGAAAAACCUAGCUUGAAUCCAAAAGAACCAGUGAAUCUGCGCAGAGGAAGACAUAAGACAGUGAUAGUUGUGGAAGUAGUCAGGUAUCCUCCGUGGGAGGGCCAAAUCUGUCCAUUGUCUGUAUCACAAGUGAAAGAUGUUCAAGAAAGGAGCUGAUGGACACACGUAGUAUACGUGCUUCAUCUGCUUGCCAGUGCCUGCGAAAGAGUCACAGCAUUAAUGAAACAUCAGCUAAUCAGAAAUAUGU